AUGAGCGAUACAAACUGGUGCACUUAUUGUGAUCAAGCCAUCAACUCUUUUUCUAAUUCUCUCUACUGCUCUGAAGAAUGUCUACGUGCUGAUGCACUAAAUCACCAUCCACUUCUUGGUUACGAUUGGCAUGAAUUCAAGGAUUUUCCACGAUCAACGCCAUCUUCUUCUGCGUCCUCAGUCGUCUCAUCAUCUUCAUCCGUAUCAUCGUCAUCAUCAUCAUCAUCCUUAUCAUCGCCUACUUUAUCACCAAUCGCUCUUAUGCCAAAAGGUCCUCGGUUGUCUCCACCAGCAUUGGAACUCGAACCUGCCAUUGCCAAGCCUGUGUCAACGUCUUUACUAUCAUCCACCAACAAAAAGAGCAUCUUCUUCAUUUAA